AUGCUCAACACCAUUUGCGCGGUGACUGCCACAUUUAUCGUCUUCGGGACAGCUAAUAUUAUAGCUUGUAAAUUUCAUAUCUCGUUCUAUUCAGUGUUUAUAUCUGGUCCUGGUAUGUUUUUCAUAGCUGUUUCUCAUGCCGUCAAGGACCUACCGUUUCCAGAAGUAUUAACUUUAUGGUCGUUUUUCGUCUUGUUCGUAAUUUGUAUACUUACACAGCAUUCCUACUUGAAACCUGUGAUAUACUUGCUGAAAACAUACCUCAAGCAAUAUAAUAUCAAAUCACCUGACAAUUUACCUAAUAUAGUAUGUGCUACUAUGUUUGGACUUUCAUUAGUAACAGUAACAAAUGGAGGAGAAAUGCUCAUUUCAUUAGUGGAUGAUAUAGGAUCUGCAAUGGGAAUACUGAUGAUUACCACUUUUGAAGCAAUACUGAUAUUUGGUAUUUAUGGGAUGAAUGAAUUUUGCGCUGAUCUUGCGUUUAUGACAAACAACUCUCCUUCGAUCGCUUUGAAGUUACUAUUCAUAGGAGGUCCAGUAUUUAUAAUCCAUAUAAUAUUUGCAUCCAGUUUGAAUUGGAUUUCACCGAGUUUUCAAAAUGUAACUUAUCCGCCGAUGAUGUAUUGGGUGGCAUGGUCAUUGGCAAUGAUAACACUAUUAAUUUUGAUGUCAUUUGCUGCGCAUACUAUCAUCCAGUUCAUAAAAAUAAAGGAUUUCUACGGAUCGUUCGAGCCGACGGAACGAUGGGUGCCCGACCUCUUCCAUUCGUUGAACCAGCUGGAAUCUAUGGCGGUAGUAAGAAAGGAAGUGGAGUACAACACUGGAAACCAUUUAACAUUUGGAGUCGGCAGACCUAAAUUGUGCAUUAAAGUAGACAACGCCACUCAGACAAAUAUACAUCACCAGACCGGCAAUGAACAUCAGAAUGUAAUAUCAAACCAACGACAAAAACAUUAUUACUUGGAAGUAUUCAACGGUUCGUGUAAUGAUUAUCAACUAGAAAGGAAACACAACGAAAAUGAAGUGAUCAUAUGGAAUCACUCAUUGCUCUUAGAACACUCUCUUGAUUAUGGAAUUUUGGAAAAAUACGUUCAAACAGACUAAGC